AUGACUUUGAGCACCGUUAUUUGCAUUGGUAUGGCCGGGUCCGGUAAGACCACAUUUAUGCAGAGAUUAAAUUCACAUUUACGUUCUAAAGAACAGCCACCAUAUGUUAUUAAUUUGGAUCCUGCUGUGUUGAACGUUCCAUAUGGUGCCAAUAUUGAUAUCAGGGACUCUAUCAAGUACAAGAAAGUCAUGGAAAACUACCAGUUGGGACCCAACGGUGCCAUCGUGACCAGUUUGAAUCUGUUCAGUACUAAGAUCGACCAGGUAAUUGGUUUGGUUGAAAAGAAACAAGAAGGCCACACACAUUGUAUAAUAGAUACACCUGGUCAGAUUGAAUGUUUUGUAUGGUCUGCUUCUGGUGCUAUCAUCACUGAAUCAUUUGCAUCGACUUUCCCAACCGUCAUAGCUUACAUAGUUGAUACCCCAAGAAACUCUUCGCCGACGACUUUUAUGAGUAAUAUGUUAUAUGCUUGUUCUAUCCUUUACAAGACUAAGUUGCCAAUGAUUAUAGUUUUCAAUAAAACAGAUGUUAAGAAAGAGGAUUUCGCUAGAGAAUGGAUGACCGAUUUUGAAGCAUUCCAAACUGCUGUUAGAGAAGAUCAAGAAUUGAAUGGUGAUCUUGGGAUGGGGUCUGGGUACAUGAGUUCUUUGAUUAACUCUAUGUCUCUGAUGUUGGAAGAGUUUUAUUCCCAGUUAGAUAUGGUUGGUGUCUCUAGUUACACAGGUGAUGGGUUUGAUCAAUUUUUAGAUGCAGUAGAUGAUAAAGUGAAAGAAUAUGACGAGUUUUAUAAAGCAGAAAGAGAUAGAAUUGUUAAGGAGAAAGAAUUGAAAGAGAAGAAACGUAAAGAAAAAUCAUUGAAUGGAUUAAUGAAGGAUCUUGGUCUUAACGAAGGCAAGAAGAAGGAUGGUAACGAAAGUGAUGAUAGUAUAGAGGUCAUUAGUGAUUUGGAAGAGGGUGAAAACGACGGUGUACUAGAAAGAGAUGAAGAUGAGGGUGUCGAAAGAGAAUACACAUUUGCUGGUGAGGAGAGAAUGACUGGUGAAGUCAAUGAUGAUAAGACACCAGAUUUACAAAAGAGAUACGCCGAAGCAUUAGCAUCUACCGCAAAGAGUCCAAGCAGUGAAACUGCAGAAAACAUAGCUCGUUACAUUAGGGAGUAG